CAAGAUAAGAGCGAGUGAUUAGUGAGGUACAGCCUUAUACUGAUUCACUAUGUUUUAUACACAUCUUAAGAGAUUUGGUCUAUACAUUCAUAGGCCUAUUAAAUUUGCAUUAUUUUCCUGUAUUUACAUCAUGAAAAUCUGUAAGACUUUAGUUAUAUGUGGGACAUAUAUGACAUAUAGGAUUGAAAAUACAUAAAUAUUAUGCAAUUUGUAUAUGCGGUUUUUGCAGCAUAUAUGUCCCUUAUAAUAUUCUAUUGGAACAUAUAAGAAUCACAUAAGUUUUUAACAAAACUUUUCCAUAUGGGUAACCGUACUGUGUGUAAACGUAACGUAUUUUGUGAGCCAAGUUGCUAAAUUCGGAAAAUAAACUGCGUUGUUACGGUUUGUAAAAACGAAACUGAAAGUGUUAAACUGCCAAUAGCCUACACAAUCUACUGUCGAGGUAUUUGCUUUCGAGUUUUGGCAACUUGAGUUCAGCUGCAGUGGUCAGUGGAUAGCCUACUUGUAUAGGUCUAUUAUGGAAAAAUAAACGCCAGACGACGCUGUUAAUAGUUACCAAAGUUCACAAACAUAAGUAGUUUAUGACGAGGAGUUUUUUGUUUGUUUGUUUGUUUUUUGUUUGAUCGAACCAUGUGACAAGCGACAAGCUAAAGGAGUAAAAUAGAAAGUUUUGCAAAUAGCCUGCAUCUAUCUUCGCUUCCUAUUACACGACUGCAAUUAUUGUGCAUGUGACGCCAAUUCAUAGUCCUCGUGUUGUGCGAUCUAACAGACAUCCUGUAGCCAAUAUGAUGACAUCGUUCAGAAACAACUAGGCAUGUGACCAGGCACGUGCACAGGUCAUACUGGAUGACUGAUUGUUUUCACAAACCAGUGCUGAUCUGUUUUCAGUGGCAGUUUAGCUGCAGUAAUGUCAGAGGAGUGAGGAAAGGACUCUCUCUCUAAGAUGAGUCUCUCAGUGAAACAGAGUGUAAGAUCAGGCUCACACGUGUCCAGCUCUGUGUCUGUGAAGAGUGACUGGUCAAAAGAUGAUGGACCAAACUUCAGUGAGAAAACACCACCAUCUGUCAAAAGUGUAAGAUCAGACUCACACGUGUCCAGCUCUGUGUCUGUGAAGAGUGACUGGUCAAAAGAUGAUGGACCAAACUUCAAUGAGAAAAUACUAACAUCUGCCAAUAGGCUUCAAUGGGAGACACCAGAUUCAGACAUCCACACUCAAAAGAACCACAACAAUUUCAAGGACAGUCUCCUAGGGGUCUUCCAGGAUCUUGAGAGCAAAAUAAUCAAAUUCCUGAAGGAUGAGCUGGAAAAGUUUAAGAAAAUAUUACAAAAAGAGAACACACAAUACUUAGUGAAGGACUUUAAUGAGAAUAGAUGCAGUAUCAAAGAAGCAGCUCUUGAUCUCACACUACACUACCUGAAAGAUAUGAAGCAAGAUGAAGCAGCGGAUACUCUAGAAGAUGAACUGGCCUUCAUUCAUCAUCUAAAAUGUGACCUAAAGAAGAAGUAUCAAUGUGUGUUUGAAGGAAUUGCAAAGCAAGGUGACUCCACACUUCUGAAUAACAUCUACACAGAUCUCUAUAUCACUCAGGGUGGCAGUGAACAGGUCAAUACUGAACAUGAAGUAAGACAGAUUGAAGUUGCUUCCAGACGUCAUCAAUCACAAGAGAUACCGAUUGAAUGUACCAAGAUGUUUGAAGCACCUGAACAAGACAAAGAGAUCAGAACUGUACUGACAAAAGGAGUUGCUGGCAUCGGAAAAACCAUCUCUGUACAAAAGUUUGUUCUGGAUUGGGCAGAAGGAAAAGAAAAUCAAGAUAUCAGUUUCAUAUUUCCUCUUCCAUUCAGAGAGAUUAACUUAAAGGAGAAAGAAAAACUAAGUUUGAUGGAUCUUAUAACUCAGUUUUUCCCAGAGACAAAAGGACUGAACCUUACAAGAAGGAAAAAUGUCAAAGUCCUGUUCAUCCUUGAUGGAUUGGAUGAAUGUCGUCUUCCUCUGAAGUUUGUUGGUAAUGAGACGUGGAGUGAUGUAUCAUCACCAGCAUCUCUGGAUGUUCUCCUAACGAACCUCAUCAAGGGAAAUCUGCUUCCUUCUGCUCUCAUCUGGAUCACCACCAGACCAGCAGCUGCGAUUAAGAUUCCUCCUGACUGUAUUGACCGGCUGACAGAGAUACGAGGUUUUAAUAAUGCACAAAAAGAGGAAUACUUUAGAAAAAGAUUCACAGAUGAGAAAAUGACUAACAUAAUCAUUGAUCAUGUGAAAAAAUCCAAGAGUCUCUUUAUCAUGUGCCACAUCCCAGUCUUCUGCUGGAUUUCAGCCACUGUCCUCCAGAACAUUUUGGAGGAGAAAAGAAAUAGUGAGCUGAAGAAUAAUCAGGCUGAUGAAGCCUCGAAAAAACCGCAGGAAUUUAAAACUGAAGACACUAUUAAGACUCUGACACAAAUGUACACACACUUUCUCCGCUUUCAGAUCCAGCAGAGAUGCAGAAAGUAUGAUGGAGAAUACAGACCAGAUGUUUCCUGGGAUAAAGAUGCCAUCUUUUCACUGGGGAAACUAGCAUUUCAGCAGCUUGAAAGAAACAAUGUGAUCUUCUAUGACACAGACCUGGAAGCCUGUGGUAUUGACGUCUAUGAUGCAUCAGUGUAUUCAGGCAUAUGUACCCAGAUCUUUAAGAAGGAAACAGGGAUCACACUUGGUACCAUGUACUGCUUUGUUCACUUGAGCAUUCAAGAGUUUAUUGCUGCCAUUUAUGCACAUCUGUUUCUUGACAUCAACAAGAAAAGUGUGUUUGUUCAGGAGUCUACAGAACAGGAAAACAAAAAUGAAACCAUGAUUGAUAUGCUCAAGACUGCAGUGGACAAGGCUCUCAAAAGUGGCAAUGGACAUCUGGAUCUUUUCCUUCGUUUUCUCCUCGGUCUGUCACUCCAGUCCAAUCGGCAACUCAUACGAGGUCUGUUGACACAGCAAUACCGCAAUGACCAGAGCAACAAGGAAAUAGUUCAGUACAUCAAACAGAAAUUAGAAGGUAAUCUGUCUCCAGAGAGAUCCAUCAAUCUGUUCUACUGUCUGAAUGAACUGAAUGAUCAAACUCUGGUGAAAGAGAUUCAGACUCAACUUAGAGAAGGAAGUCUCUCAGCUGCUGACCUUUCACCAUCCCAGUGGUCUGCUUUGGCCUUUGUGUUGUUGACAUCAGAGGAAGAGCUAGAGGAGUUUGAGCUUCAGAAAUUCAAGAAAUCAGAUGAGUGUCUCAUUAGAUUACUGGCAGUCAUCAAAACCUCCAAAAGAGCUCUGCUAAAUGAUUGUAACCUAACAGACAGAAGUUGUUCAGCUCUGGCUACAAUUCUUGGAUCAGAUACAGAUCUGAAAGAGCUGAACAUGAACAAUAAUAAUCUGCAGGAUUCAGGACUGAAGCUGCUCUGCUCUGGACUGAAGAAUCCUGUGUGUGAACUGAAGAUACUCAAACUUUCAGACUGCAGUAUCACUGAAGAAGGUUAUAAAGCUCUGGCUUCAGCUCUGAGAUCAAACCCUUCACACCUGCUAGAGCUGGAUCUCACAGGAAAUGAUCCUGGACAAUCAGGAGUGAAGGAGCUCACUGAUUUACUACAGGAUCAGAACUGUCAACUGAAGACCAUCAGGUUUCUGAAAAGUCCUGCUGCAGAGGAGGCAUGUGAGUAUCUCACUGGAGUUCUGGGUAAAAGUCCAUUAUUACUGACAGAACUGGAUCUGAGUGAAGAUAAAUUAGGAGCUCUGGAUGGAGAGAAGCUCUCUGCUCUUUUGAUGGACUCUCAUUGCAAAGUGGAGAAAAUGAAGCUGAAUAAUUGUGAGCUGACAAAGAAAAGCUGUUCAGUUCUAGCUACUGUUCUCUCCUCCAAAUCCAUUCUGAAAGAGCUGAACCUGAACAACAGCCGUCUGCUCGAUUCAGGAGUCACACAGAUCUGUGAGGGACUGAAGAAUCCUGUGUGUGAGCUGAAGAUACUCAGGCUGCGUGAUUGUGGUCUAACAGAGGAAAGCUGUUCAGCUCUCGCUACAGUCCUGAGAUCAAACUCCAGACUGGAAGAGCUUGACAUCAGCAACAAUAAUCUGCAGGAUUCAGGAGUGAAGAAACUCCAGAAAGCAUUAGAAAAUACAAACUGCACUCUGAAGAAACUCAGACUUUCAGACUGCAGUAUCACAGAAGAAGGAUAUAAAGCUCUGGCUUCAGCUCUGAAAUCAAACCCUUCACACCUGGUAGAGCUGGAUCUCACAGGAAAUGAUCCUGGACAAUCAGGAGUGAAGGAGCUCACUGAUUUACUACAGGAUCAGAACUGUCAACUAAAACUGAGGUUUUUGAGUCCUGCUGCAGAUGAAGCUUUUCAGUAUGUGAAAGGAAUUGUGGGUAAAAACCCAUUACUCCUGAGAGAGCUGAAUCUGAGAGGAUGUGAACUAGGAGACACACGAGUAAAUCAGAUCGCUGCUCUACUGCAGGAUAAACACUGUCAACUCACCACACUGAUUCUGUGUAGAUGCAGUAUUACACAGAAAAUGUGUCUCCUCCUGACUUCAGCUCUGAAAUCAAACCCAUCACACCUGAGAGAGCUGAACCUCAGUGGGAAUAAACUAGGAGACUCUGGAGUGAAGCACUUACGUGACAUACUGAAGGAUUCACACUGUAAACUGGAGAGAUUGAGGUUAACAUGCUGUGAAAUGACAAAUGAAGGUUGUUCUGCUGUGACUUCAGCUCUGAAAUCAAACCCAUCACACCUGAGAGAGCUGGACCUCAGUGGGAAUAAACUAGGAGACUCUGGAGUGAAGCACUUAUGUGACAUACUGAAGGAUUCACACUGUAAACUGGAGAUAUUGAGACUUUCAGACUGCAUUAUCACAGAAGAAGGAUAUAAAGCUCUGGCUUCAGCUCUGAGAAAGCCUUCACACCUGCUAGAGCUGGAUCUCACAGGAAAUGAACCUGGACAAUUAGGAGUGAAGGAGCUCACUGAUUUACUACAGGAUCUGAACUGUCAACUGAAGACCAUCAGGUUUCUGAAAAGUCCUGCUGCAGAGGAGGCAUGUGAGUAUCUCACUGAAGUUCUGGGUAAAAGUCCAUUAUUACUGACAGAACUGGAUCUGAGUGAAGAUAAAUUAGGAGCUCUGGAUGGAGAUAAGUUCUAUGCGCUUUUGAUGGACUCUCAUUGCAAAGUGGAGAAAAUGAAGCUGAAUAAUUGUGAGCUGACAGAGAAAAGCUGUUCAGUUCUAGCUAAUGUUCUCUCCUCCAAAACCAUCCUAAAAGAGCUGAACCUGAACAACAGCCAUCUGCUGAACUCAGGAGUCAAACAGAUCUGUGAGGGACUGAAGAAUCCUGUGUGCGAACUGAAGACACUCAAACUUUCAGACUGCAAUAUCACUGAAGAAGGUUAUAAAGCUCUGGCUUCAGCUCUGACAUCAAACCCUUCACACCUGGUAGAGCUGGAUCUCACAGGAAAUGAUCCUGGACAAUCAGGAGUGAAGGAGCUCACUGAUUUACUACAGGAUCAGAACUGUCAACUAAAAUUGAGGUUUUUGAGUCCUGCUGCAGAUGAAGCCUUUCAGUAUGUGAGAGGAAUUGUGGGUGGAAACCCGUUACUAAUCAAAAACCUGGAUCUGAGUAAACAUAAAAUAGGAGACACACGAAUGAAUCAGAUCGCUGCUCUACUGCAGGAUAAACACUGUCAACUCAACAAACUCCAGCUGCGUGAUUGUGGUCUAACAGAGGAAAGCUGUUCAGCUCUCGCUACAGUCCUGAGAUCAAACUCCAGACUGGAAGAGCUUGACAUCAGCAACAAUAAUCUGCAGGAUUCAGGAGUGAAGAAACUCCAGAAAGCAUUAGAAAAUACAAACUGCACACUGAAGAAACUCGGACUUUCAGAUUGCAGUAUCACAGAAGAAGGAUAUAAAGCUCUGGCUUCAGCUCUGAGAUCAAACCCUUCACACCUUGUAGAGCUGGAUCUCACAGGAAAUGAUCCUGGACAAUCAGGAGUGAAGGAGCUCACUGAUUUACUACAGGAUCCAAACUGUCAACUAAAACUGAGGUUUUUGAGUCCUGCUGCAGAUGAAGCCUGCCAGUAUGUGAAAGAAAUUGUGGGUAAAAACCCAUUACUCUUGAGAGAGCUGAAUCUGAGUGAACGGGAGCUAGGAGACACACGAGUGAAUCAGAUAGCUGCUCUACUGCAGGAUAAACACUGUCAACUCAACACACUGAUUCUGUGUAGAUGCAGUAUAACAGAGAACCAGUGUCUCAUCCUGACUUCGGCUCUGAAAUCAAACCCAUCACACCUGAGAGAGCUGAACCUCCGUGGGAAUAAACUAGGAGACUCUGGAGUGAAGCACUUAUGUGACAUACUGAAGGAUUCACACUGUAAACUGGAGAGGUUGAGGUUAACAUACUGCAAAAUGUCAAAUGAAGGUUGUUCUGCUGUGACUUCAGCUCUGAAAUCAAACCCAUCACACCUGAGAGAGCUGGACCUCAGUGGAAAUAAACUAGGAGACUCUGGAGUGAAGCACUUAUGUGACGCACUGAAAGAUUCACACUGUAAACUGGAGAGAUUGAGGUUUACAUGCUGUGAAAUAACAAAUGAAGGUUGUUCUGCUGUGACUUCAGCUCUGAAAUCAAACCCAUCACACCUGAGAGAGCUGGACCUCAGUGGAAAUAAAUUAGUAGACUCUGGAGUGAUGCACUUAUGUGACAUACUGAAGGAUUCACAGUUUAAACUGGAGAGAUUGAGGUUAACAUGCUGUAAAAUGACAAAUGAAGUAUGUUCUGCUGUGGCUUCAGCUCUGAAAUCAAACCCAUCACACCUGAGAGAGCUGGACCUCAGUGGAAAUAAACUAGGAGACUCUGGAGUGAAGCACUUAUAUGACAUACUGAAAGAUUCACACUGUAAACUGGAGAUAUUGAGGUUUACAUGCUGUGAAAUGACAGAUGAAGGUUGUUCUGCUGUGACUUCAGCUCUGAAAUCAAACCCAUCGCACCUGAGAGAGCUGGACCUGAUUGGAAAUAAACUAGGAGAUUCUGGAGUGGAAAACCUCAGUGAUCUACUGACCAACACACAAUGCAAGCUGGAAAAACUACACCUGUCUGAAUGCAGUAUUACAGAGAAACAGUGUAUCAGCCUGACUUCAGCUCUGAAAUCAAACCCAUCAUACCUGAUAGAGCUGGACCUCGGUGGGAAUAAAAUAGAAAACACAGGAGUGAAUCAAUUAUUUUACAUACUGAAUGAAUCACUCUGUAAACUGGAGAGAUUGAGUCUAAAUAACUGUGGCAUCACAGAUGUGUCUUCUUUAACUCAGUCUUUGACAAACACAAAAGCACUGCAGUUUUUAAAAGAGCUUGAUCUGAGAAACAAUAAUAUAGGAGACUCAAAGGAGCAGCUCAGAGCCAUGCUACGACACUCAAACUGUGAACUGAAGUGA